ACAGGAGAAAAACUGACCUGACUUCAAUCAGGGUGAAGUUUAACUGGUCGAUUGUUGUUGCACCUACUUGCGAUUGCAAGUGAAAGUCAGAGCCAUGCUGGGGCCUCCAGAGGGCUCAUCUGCAACACUUCUACUCCCUUGAACCCUGCUGUUGUUCGUGGUAUUUCAGGGCCCAAGUGGUGUCUUUCCUCUUGAUCCAUAGCCACCGGCUUGACUGUUCAGCUGCACCAGAGAGGACUUUGAUGGCCUGACGUUGGGCUUUGCCUCAAAUUCCACAGCAGCCACAGGGAACAGGUGAACAGAAACCAGGAACGUGGAAGAAGAGCUCUUGGUCGGGGACAGAAGGCUGAGUGGUUCACCAGGGAACGGAUGAAGCAGGAGAGUCAGGAGCAGGCGAGGUUGGCAAUGAUGUAGCACUCCGGGAACAAAAGUGGAAAGUCUUACAUAAAUGAUAAAGAAGAGUCUGGCAAGGAGAGUCUUUCUAAUGACAGGAGAGACGGUGUGUAAGACCGGCAUGGUGCUGCUCUGUGGUGAGAUCACGUCUCGAGCCAAUGUGGACUACCAGAAGGUGGUGAGAGACACAAUCCGAGACAUCGGAUACGACAACUCAGACAAAGGCUUUGACUAUAAGACCUGUAACUUGUUGGUGGCCCUCGAGCAGCAGUCCCCUGACAUCGCACAGGGAGUCCAUAUUGAUCGACACGAGAGUGACAUCGGAGCUGGAGACCAGGGUCUGAUGUUUGGAUACGCCACGGAUGAGACAGAGGAGUUAAUGCCCCUCACCGUUGUCCUCGCACACAAACUCAACGCCAAGAUGGCCGAACUGAGACGUAACGGGACUGUCCCCUGGCUCCGCCCCGACUCCAAGACACAGGUGACGGUUCACUACACCCAAGAGAACGGAGCUGUGAUCCCCAAGAGGGUUCACACUGUGGUGAUCUCAGCGCAGCAUGAUGACAAUGUGAGUCUAGAGGAGCAGAAGAAGGUCCUGAAGGAGAAGGUCAUCAAGGCCGUGGUCCCGUCGAGGUACCUGGACGAGGACACUGUCUACCACCUGCAGCCCAGCGGACGCUUUGUCAUCGGCGGACCACAGGGCGAUGCUGGAGUGACGGGCAGGAAGAUCAUCGUCGACACAUACGGGGGCUGGGGGGCUCACGGCGGCGGGGCUUUCUCUGGGAAGGACUACACCAAGGUGGACCGCUCAGCUGCCUACGCCGCCCGCUGGGUGGCAAAGUCUCUGGUGAAGGCCAAACUGUGCAGGAGGGUGCUGGUGCAGGUGGCGUAUGCGAUCGGAGUGGCCCACCCGCUCUCCAUCUCCCUCUUCACCUUCGGUUCCUCUCACCUGAGCGAGAAGCAGCUGCUGCAGAUCGUCAACAAAAACUUUGACCUCAGACCUGGCGUCAUCGUCAGUGACCUGGACCUGAAGAGACCCAUCUACCAGAAGACGGCCUGCUACGGACACUUUGGCAGGAAGGAGUUCCCCUGGGAGGUCCCAAAGAACCUCAAAUUCUAGAUAGAGUGUCUAUGUGUGUGUGUGUGUGUGUGUGUGUGAGUGUGUGAUGUAUAGACAGCUGUCCUCGUGCUGCUGUAACCCAGUAAGAAGAAGGCAGCUGGGAGGGAUGGAUCGGGGUGGGAGCAGAUAAUCUCCAGUGAUUGGACGAGAGGAAGGAGGUUCCAUCUGUAAUUUACGACCCCUCAAUAGUAACAUGAAAUAUGAGUGAGCCAUGUGGUAUUUUUGUCCCGUAGAUUCAGUGUACAGUCACAUGCAACCAUUUUCUGUCCAGAAAUAAGUGAAUGACCAAAUUUAAAGGGAGAGCUGUCACGCAUGUGUUUAAAUACGCUUUUAUGUCUUAAAAAAGAAAUCUCCUUCUUUGUUUGUUGAUGUCAAUAUUUUUAUAUGAUUCAAACUGUGCGCUGCAGGUUUUAGUGUUACUGAAGCCUUCUUUACAUCUUAAAGCUUUUACAUACAGAAAAAAAGUUUUUGUUUGUUUGUUUUUCAGCAUGAAUCAAACCUUCACCCUGAAUCUACUGUUCAGUCUGUGUUCGAGGUAAAAUUGUUAUUUAUUAAGUUUCAUAUAAAAAGACCUGCAGACACUUGAUCUCCACAAAACAAAGACGAGGUCACAGAAGAUAAACAGCAGAUAUAUAUUUAAAAGUCCAGAGUAGUUUCUGUGCUGCACGCAUCUUACAGUGGGAUUUAUACUUUUGAAUCGGUGCAGUGCCUGCGCUGUAGCCUGACCUGCACCUCCUUAGAAAUGUAACUACACUUCGUGGUGACGCAGACCUCCUGUCUAUAUGUGUAAGCUGAAACCAUUUCCCUCAGUGGAAACAAAGCACAAGUCUAUGGUGAAAUUAGCC